AUGGGGCUUUCAUUCACCAAGCUUUUCAGUCGGCUCUUUGCUAAGAAAGAGAUGCGAAUUCUUAUGGUGGGUCUUGAUGCUGCGGGUAAGACCACCAUUUUGUACAAGCUCAAGCUGGGAGAGAUUGUCACAACCAUUCCUACAAUUGGAUUUAAUGUGGAGACUGUGGAAUAUAAGAACAUCAGUUUCACUGUCUGGGAUGUCGGUGGUCAGGACAAGAUUCGACCUUUAUGGAGACAUUACUUCCAAAACACUCAAGGGCUGAUAUUUGUUGUUGAUAGCAAUGACCGUGACCGUGUAGUUGAGGCUCGGGAUGAACUGCAUAGGAUGUUGAAUGAGGAUGAAUUGAGGGAUGCUGUGUUGCUUGUAUUUGCAAACAAGCAAGAUCUUCCAAAUGCUAUGAAUGCUGCUGAGAUUACUGAUAAGCUCGGCCUUCACUCUCUUCGUCAACGCCAUUGGUACAUCCAGAGCACAUGUGCCACUUCAGGUGAAGGGCUUUAUGAAGGACUGGACUGGCUCUCGAACAAUAUUGCUAACAAGGCUUAGGGGAUGGAUAAGUUUCCUGCCGAUUCUCGGGCUGCUCCCUGCUUCAAAAUUGGUUAUUUGGGUUUCUCUGGAUUUCUUAUCCUGUAAUUGUUUAGAGAAUGUCUUAGAUAUUGUUUACUGUAAUAGAAAUGGUAAAUGGUUCCUGUAGAUUUUGAAUAAUUCAUGAUUCACAGUUCGUAUGUGUUGCCAUGAUAUGCCUCUGAUGAAAAGGGCGGUUAUGUUUCUUCAAA